GUUUUUAGUUUUCGUGCUACAGAAGGUGACCCACACGCGAUGAGGGUCUUGUGAAGUGGGCUUUUGAGUGGUCGAAAGCAUACAGCUCUGCAACUGCAAAACGGUUUCACAUGCUCGGGGUUGACGAACAAAGCCGGACCUGGCAGAAGGAUCUAUACAAGAACUCUCGGGCGGCAUCCCCUUCAGUGUCUGACAGUGAAAACAGGGUUUCUUUUCCAGCACUCCCGAAAAAAGCUUUCAGUCGCACUUUCGAUCAGCGCUCGCAGAGCACGCACAAGUCCCUCACAACGGCCUUUGAGGCGCCGCGCACUUGCCAGCGUGAGAGCAGCUCCACGCGCCUGACAAGUACCGAUUUCCACCUCUGAAUAGUCUUCGAGUCUCUCGAAAGCGGAUCUACAUUUUUCAUAAGGAAACGGGAAAUCACAAAAGUGGAAUACGGAGGAGGGCCGUGGGAUAUCCGAGGGCUGGGGUUGGCAAUGUGGAAGAGGAGUUCACACCUCAUGCUACGUUUUUAGAAAGACUGUUUUUUACAGCUCACCAAACGGCGUCGAAACUCUGGUUUGUUUCAUUUUUUCUCAUCUUGACUGUUCCUGUGCGGUGGGAGGAACAGUGGGUCGGAGAAGCUUAGUGUCGAAAUGCGAACUUUGUGCUGGGGAAAAGAUGCCAGCCUCGACCGGCGCUGUUCGCGUCUCCUCUCGCGGGGGCUAGCCGGUCAUCGACGCGCUCGCGCGCUCUGUGGUCUUGCUUGACAUAGUCAAUGUAACUCGUGGGGAAGACGGCUUCAAAAGCCGGUGAGAGCCGAGUUUUUAUUUUCCAAGGUGACUUCCUCGCACAUUCUGACUUCCAUUAGUCCGUUCUUUCUCCGAGCCUGAGAGAAGGCGGAGGCUCUGCCGCCUUUUUCCCCGCGGUGACUCAGAAAUAGCGCGAUACCACGAUCCUCGCCACCUUCGAGCGAACUCCGGCGCAGGUGUUCAAACAAAGAAGCGUGGCGCGCUAGACUUUUCGUUUUAGUCAGUUUUGGAGACACUACUUCGAAACCGAGAGUUUAGAAACAAUGGAGCAGCAGCAAGACGAGCUGAAGCAUUCCUGGGGCGCGAACGAGCUCCCCGCAGGUCAACAGGGCAGUCCGCUGGCGGAGCGCCAAGACAAAACCGAGCAAGGAAAGGGUGGAAGCGCGCCGAAUCAUCAAAACCACGCACACUUUGUGGCCGACGAGGCUGACUGCUCCACUGAGGACGGAGAUGAGUCUCUCUCCUACAUGAGAAGGGGAGUUUACGUGGGUCGGGGGAAAAACUACUGGCCUGUCGAUUACUCGGGCUAUCCGGGUGACCCAGCGGGCGGCUUCCGAAGAGUCUCUAUUCAAAUAACACCAGAAAGAAUGCGUCCGCGCAAAUCCAUUCUGAAAAGCCGAUGCGCGGCACCACCCCUCGAUGCCAAAGCAAAGAUGAACAUCUCAUUCGGUGCAGACCAAGUCUGGAACAGCGACAGCGGUGCACGCCCGAGUUUCUCAGAUGUACCUUUUGGGCGGAGCAGAUCUUUCGUGUUUUCGGAGGAAAAAAACGGAUACGUCGACAUCACCAACGGAGAAGUGGAAGACGUGGUGCCGCUAGGCAGAACUGCUUCAGUUGCCAGGACAAUUGUCGACGAGAUCCAGGACCGGCUCUGUGAGAGAAAGCUCACGACCGUCAGCAUCCUCUGGGAACGGUUCCAGAGCCAUGGCAACAUGGGCGACAAAACCGAAGGCUGGGCGCCGAACCUGGGAAUGCCACGUGUGGCUAUGGCAAAUCUUCCUCCACGAUACCACGUCAAGUACCCUGGCGGUGCACCCCGCCCGACGACAUGCGGAACUUGCGGCUUUUAAGGCUGGUCUCCAGCCUAGCUGCUGUGCGUCUGGGGAGAAUGUACAUGUAGGUACAUAGCGAGAAGCAGUGCCGUUUUGUUUUUCGGAGUUGUCACUGUGCAACUCAGCACCGGGUCUGAUUUAUUCGUCGCAGGCGUAGGUUCGAGCCUGUGUGAUUGCGUCCUACGCGUCCACCCUCACCCCAUCCAAACUUUUUGGGGUCCCGUAAAACAUGCUGCAACUCGGCCCUUUCUCCGACAAAGUAGCGGUUGCGUUGUCUCUGAGACGCCCGCAGAUUUCCGUUCAACUUCUGGGAUAAAGGAACUGCACGCUUCAAACGCGAUGAAGAUGCUUUCUUUUUG